ACUACAGUUCCCAGAGUGCCCAGCGGUGGGCGGGCUCUCUCCCGGAAGCUUGAUCAGUGAGGUGAGAGGCAAUCUGGUCUGGCGCUAGCACUUUUCCCUGGAGGACCGCGCGGAGCGAGAUAGGCUUUAGCUAUGACAUCCCUGAUCAAAAAGGUGAUCAGCACGGCGAAAGCCCCGAGACCCGUUGGGGCUUAUAGUCAAGCUGUGUUAGUGGACAGGACCAUGUACAUCUCAGGACAGAUCGGCAUAGACCCUUCAAGCGGACAGCUUGUGCCAGGAGGGGUAGUGGAAGAAGCAAAACAAGCUUUCACCAACCUGGGCGAGAUUCUGAAAGCGGCGGACUGCGACUUCACCAAUGUGGUAAAAACAAGUGUUUUUCUAGCUGACAUAAAGGACUUUGCUUCUGUCAAUAAUAUCUACAAGCAGUAUUUCAAGAGUAAUUUUCCUGCUCGAGCUGCUUACCAGGUCGCUGCUUUGCCCUUGGGAGCCCGAAUUGAGAUCGAAGCAGUGGCUGUCACAGGGCCUCUCACGACAGCGUCGCUCUGAGCGGGCGCAGGGCUGUUUACCUGGGAAUGUCCACUGCGGCUUCAGAUCAGUGUCUUCAUUCUUAGAACUAGUGUUGGAAAGAGCAGGUGUGCCUGACAUACGGAAAUUCCCCCCGGGGAGAUCUGACAUGCCUUAAAGACUAGAUAAUGAAUCCGGUUGCUAUUGGGGUGAAUUACACUUAGACCCACUCACACUGCCCGGGUUGCGGGAGGUGACAUUCCUGUCACUCAAGUGAAAGGAAAACAGCCUGCACAAGGGGAAGUAGGGCCCGGGGAGUGGCCAGAGCACACCUAAUGCAGCCCAGUCCUACUGAUUUAGCAAGGUGAAAUUUAGUUCUCCUGUUAGACAUAUGAUUGUGCCUUUGUUUGAGUAACAUUAAAUCAUUCAAACUUAGUGGUAGAGGUAAAGGGGGGAAAAAGGACCAAAAUUUUAUGUAGAAGGUAUUUUUCUAAUGGAAAUAAAAUAGAUACGUGCA